AGCGAGAAGUUUUUGCGCGAGAGUCUUUGUUGUUUCGUGUAAAGUCACUGUGCACGAGGAUUAUUCAUGCACGCGGAGCGCCGAUUUAUCUGUACUGUGAUUUUACUGCAGCUGUAGGACUUUACUUCACUCAUUCCCUGUUGGUCAGCUCAUUGAAUUUAAGAGAAAUUUCAAAACGUGAAUCAUGACCCAGUUUAACAAGGGACCAGCCUACGGAUUAUCUGCGGAGGUUAAAAACAAGAUCGCACAGAAAUAUGACCAACAGAAGGAGGAGGAGCUUCGUUUCUGGAUCGAGGAGGUGACUGGCAUGCCGAUCGGAGACAGCUUUCAGAAAGGGCUCAAGGAUGGCGUCAUACUGUGCGAAUUGAUAAACAAGCUUCAACCUGGAUCAAUAAAGAAAAUAAACCAUUCACAGUUAAACUGGCAUAAGCUAGAGAACCUUGGGAAUUUCAUCAAAGCCAUUCUAGCCUACGGGCUGAAGCCCAAUGACAUCUUUGAAGCCAAUGAUCUUUUCGAAAACGGGAACAUGACGCAAGUCCAGACUACACUUCUCGCUUUGGCCAGUAUGGCAAAGACAAAAGGCAUGGAAACAAACAUUGACAUUGGUGUGAAAUAUGCAGAUAAGCAGCAGAGACAUUUUGAUGAAGAGAAGAUGAAGGCUGGCCAGUGUGUCAUUGGACUUCAGAUGGGGACCAACAAAUGUGCAAGCCAGGCUGGGAUGACUGCCUAUGGGACCAGGAGACACCUUUACGACCCUAAGACGCAGACAGAGAAACCCUAUGACCAGACCACCAUUAGCCUGCAAAUGGGCACCAACAAAGGAGCCAGCCAGGCUGGCAUGUCUGCCCCAGGCACCAGGAGGGACAUCUAUGACCAGAAGGCAGCUCUGGAACCAUUGGACAACUCCACCAUUUCAUUGCAAAUGGGAACCAAUAAGGUGGCCUCGCAGAAGGGCAUGAGUGUGUACGGCUUGGGACGGCAAGUGUACGACCCUAAGUAUUGCGCCACCCCAAUGGAGCCCAUAAUCCACGCCAACGGCAGCCAAGGCACGGGGACCAAUGGCUCAGAAAUCAGUGAUAGUGACUAUCAGGCAGAAUAUCAAGAGGAAGAGUACCAGGGCGAAUACCACGAUGAGUACAGAGGGCACUACAACGACCAGGGCAUCGACUACUAGAGAACGCUGUUAGUCAAAGCAGUAUUAACAUAAUGUAUAUCAUAAGAGCAAGUCUUUUGCAAUGCCUUUUGCAUCUCACAGUUACCCCUUCCCUCCCAGCGCAUGUGUUUGGGUAAACAUUCGUAAGGUGGUGAUAUCUCAAAUCUCCCAUCUUAAUGGUGAAAUUGAUCUUUUAUAAUUUCUUUAAUAAAGUGUUUUUUAUGAAGUAUGGAGAACUGUUAAGAGAAUUUUCUAGUUUUGCAGUACGAUCCUUCGUUUUACACCCUACAACUUUUGAGUUCACUACUUUUAAAGCUUGUUCGCCAUUGAAAUCCCGCUCUGCAGUUUGAAGACAUUCCUUCCUAAGUCAUUCUUUUGAAGUAAUUCCGUUUAGAAUUCCAAAUGCCUGGAAAUGUUACAAGCUACAAAUGUUAGCAUUUAAAGAUUAGCUGACUGGAUGACCACAAACAUUCCGCUAUUGCUUAGUUUUUUUGUGCCAUAAUAUUGGAAAAUCUUUCCCAUUGUAUUUAUUGCCCUGCUUUUCAUUAUAAAUCCUCUGUCAUAAGGUUCUUUUAUGAAUAAAUUCUAUCUUAUAAAUAAA